UCAAAAUCCAAUAUGGCAGGUUUACUCAAAUCUCCUCGACGAAGGUAGAGGGUUGCAUAAUUUUAUUUGAAGGAUUAUUAAAGGCUUUCGAGAUGUUUAGGGUCGAAAAGCUGCUUAAAUAUGUAACCAGAGCGACAAAUUGUUUGAAUCGUCGGCAAAUUCGCGGCAAAACUCAAGAUGUAUUCGCAUGGAAGAUGGACGCCUCCUCGAAAGAUACCCCUUUCAUUGUUGUACAGAGCCCGUACACUGUAAAAAUACAGCCAGUGAAUCCUAUGGAAUAUAUAGAGAACGUAGAUACUGAUGGUCAGUCCGUGAAAGGAAAUGUUUACUUAGAAACAGACGAUGAGGGCGAUCUUGCACCAGAUUUAAAGAAUUCAUUUAUGAAGGAUAUUAAUUUCAACGUGAGACCCGUCAGCUCCAAUUCCAAGGACUAUUUGGAGGUAAAAAAGGUUAAGAAAAGUGUUUUAAAAGAGGAAUAAUACAAUGCGAAUAAAUUUUCCCAUUUCAUGCGAGGCAUUUGUAAUGUAGCACACUUGGUUGCACUAUUCAACAUUAGGCUAUUUACUUGCAGGUAGCUUUUCCAAUCCUAUCCCAUCAAACGUGCGCCUGUGCAACACGUCCUACUUAGGUUGAAACAAAAUUCUCAAUAUGUAGAGUUCAUAUAAUGAAGUGAUUAUUGACUGAGUUUGCUCAGGCCAAACAGCAAACUAAGUGGCCCUCUUUUAUGACAUCAAGCCAGAUAUUUUCUUGUUCAGCCCUCCCAUUCGGUCAAUAAGUACUUGUACGAACUGUUUUUUGAUAUUUUUCCAAAUUGGGAUAUCAAAUGGACCCAAUGAUUAAAUUUCAUGAUUUCCUUUUGAAGGUAACAUGCUCAGAACAACAACAAUACCAGUACCCUACAAAGAACAUCACCCUGCACUUUCAAGUUCCUGCGGCAUGUGGUGUUGAUAUUAAUGUGAGGGGUGAUGCCAGCAUUGAUAUCAAAGACUUAGAAGGUGGACCCUUUGAAAUGGUGACUAAUCAAGGUGCAUGCUGCUUGAAGAAUCUGAAGGGAUCAAGCUUGAGAGCUUCAUCAAACUAUGGUGACAUCAUAUGUCAGUCUCAGUUGCUGUUUGAACAUGGAUUUUUAGAAACUAAGAAGAAAGGGAAGAUAUCUGUGAAAAAGUUACAAGGGAAGGAAUUUAAUUUAAAAACAGAGCAUGGAGAUGUUGAUGUUGGAGCUACCUAUCUCCUUAAGGCCAAAUUUGCAUCUAAAAGUGGUUGUAUUAAAUUAGGAGAUGUGCAUGGUGAGUUCUUACAAUGUAAAGCCCUUGUGAGGGGAUGAGGUUGGAAGAAGGGAAGGAAUGAACACAAAUAUGUUGAGGAACACUGGUUCCAAAUUAAUAGGGGUUACUACACUAGUUUCUGAGUUGUAGGCUGUAAUGUUGCAAUGAUCACCUCAGUUCAUUUGGCAACAUGGUGAUAAAUGUGUUUUUAAUAUCACUCUUAUGGAAACAGAUUAAAAUGUGUGGCAGCAUUGAUUAAUCAAAGAAUUGGUGUAUUUUGAGCCACCUUAAAUCAAAGCAUCCCUGUAGGAGAGAGGUAAAUCCUCAUGCAUAGACAUUCCAUGUCUUGUCAAAUGUGCCCUCAGGUUUUUUCCAAUCAGAUCCUUCCUUGCAGGUUUUACUGAGAUUCGUGCUGAGGAUGGAAACAUAUCAAUUGGUUCAACUUCUGGUCAAUUGGAAGCUUUUACAGGAAGAGGCAGCAUAGAUGUAAACUUAUCUCAACAUGAGGAUGUAGUGCUAAACACAAAUGAAGGUAAAGCAUGUUGAAGCUGAAUCAUUGUGUAUUUUUGAGUGCCAGUUGUACUAAACAAAUAAGUUGAUCGUUCUGAAUGAACAUAGUUAAUUAUACAUGGAGGUAGACCCUCCAAAUUAUGUUGUUGAAAAUUAUUUUUAAUGCUCAUACCAGUCUUACAAACUUUGUUGUUCUACACAUUCCUAUGUGAUUAUCAAGCAACUAUCCCCAUCACAAAACCCUUAUUGAGUAAAGAGUGGGAUGAGCUAUGAAUGUAGAGAGACAUGGUGUAUUAAAUGUCAAAUUUAAAAAUCUUAAAUUAACUUUUCAUACAUUGAGUACCCAACCAAAUUUGGCCAAAAAAAAAAUAUAAAAAGUCUUGGCAUUAAAUAUGAUUGUCUGGUUUUAGUACUAGUUGUACACUCACAAUUAAUCAAAGAGUUCUUAAGCUGAAGAUACAAUCAGGAUCAAAAUUACUUUGCAAAUUGUGUUUGAACAGUUAAUUGUAGGAGUUGAAGAACACUACUUUUUGCACCACACUAUGAAUCAUUGAUAAAACCCCCUCUCCUCCAUUCAAUGUUGCUUGUUGGUAGCUAAAAGAUCAAGUGAAUCACAGUGUGACAAUGUUUUGGGGGGACAGGGGGAGAAUCAGUUAUUUAAAGAAUGACAAAAGAGAUACAAAUGAAGUAACAAGGAGUUGAAAAGGUUAGUGUCAACAAUUUUGUCCCAAAUGUAGAUUUUUGCUCUUAAAUUCAGGAGACAUUACCGUCAAGUGUUUGCAGGAAUCGUUUUCUUCAGAGUUCUUGGUGAGGUCAAAACAUAUUCACGUCGAUUCAAACAUUGACGUUGUCAUUGACAAAGAACGUGCAGAAGGGAACUUUACCGUCAUGACGGGAGAACUUAACAAAAAAGACAAGAAGGAGGAAGGGGUAAAAACGAUCAAAGCGGAAGCAAAACUUGGAACUGUGAAGUUUGAGAAGGAAGACUGGUUUAGUUCUCUCAAAUUGAGUUAAUAUCAUUGUGGAAUGAACUGGGAAUUUACAGCAGUAAAUUAAUUGGUACAAUAAGUAAUGUUCUGACUUUUUUUUAUCCCUGGAAUGGUUACAAACCGAAUUGGACUCCACUCGGUGUCAUUACCAAUUAAUCAUAAAAUUUACAAUUUCCGAGGAAAGAAGAUUAGUCAAGUCAUGAAAAAAAGAGAAAAUUUGCAUUAAAAGACUGACAAAGGAGGCGUAAAUGUUUCUGUUCCUAUGAUGAUUAAAACCCAGGUUGUGAUUGGUUGAAUUAAACUAUAACUUUGAAAGUGAUUGGUUGAUUUAAAUUACAACUUUAAAUGUGAUUGGCUUAUUGAACUGUUCAAUAAUAAACUGUCUGAUAACAACUUGGCAAGUGAAUUCGUGGAAAAUAGGAGUUUUUAAACCAAUCGCUAUCGAGAAAAUUGUAAUUUUAAUGGUUAUGAUAUUUUUGUUGGAGCUGAUGGUGCACGUUUCAUUUGUUUAAAAACUGUUCGUCUACGAACAGCCCCUCCUUUUGAGUGAAGUCCGACACGAAAUAAAUCAUAGGCAUGCGUAGCGUGCAAGAAUUUCUUUUUGGCUGGGCGGUUUGAGAUGGGACAAUCUAAUGCGACAAUCUGAUUGUUGCGAGAUACAUACCCUUAUGCGGUAAUCUGAUUGGUGCGAUAUACAUGACCCAAAUGUGGUGAUCUGAUUGGUGCGAGCAACAUACUACUCUA